AUGGACCACCUCGCGUGGGGGCGGUGCAUCGGUGCCGGCACGUUCGGCCGCGUCUCCUUCGCCACGCACCUCCCCACCGGCACCCACUGCGCGGUCAAGACGCUACUCAAGUCGGAGAUUCUUCGAACCGGACAGCUCGCGCACGCCAAGUCGGAACUCUCCACGCUCGCCGCCUGCUCGGGUCACCCGCUCAUCGUCCGCCUGCUCGGGUGGGCGCAGGACGCAGCCGCGGUGUACCUCGUCAUGUCCUUCGCGCACGGCGGCGAGGUGUUCACGCACCUCCGCGCGUGCGGACGCUUCGACGAGGCGCGGGCCAGACACUACGCGUCCGAGAUCGCGUGCGCGCUCUCUCACCUGCACGCCGUGCACGGCGUCGCGUACCGGGACCUCAAGCCGGAAAACUUACUGCUCGACGCGCACGGGCACUGCGUCCUCGCGGACUUCGGGUUCGCCAAGCGUUUGACCCCAAACGAACCGAAGACGUACACCCUCUGCGGCACCCCCGAUUACUUGGCGCCGGAGAUUAUCACCCGCGUCGGUCACGCAUUCGCGGUGGACUGGUGGGCGCUCGGCGUGUUGAUCUACGAGAUGCUCGUCGGUGCCCCGCCGUUCGCGGCGCAGUCGGUGAGGGAGACGUACGCGCUGGCGCUCGAGGGCGGUGCGAACGUGCGAUUCCCGAGUAAUCUCCGAUUGAACGGAUCGUCGGACCUCGUGCGGGGACUGCUGCGCGUGGACGCGUCCGAUCGAUUCGGCGCCGACGACGUCGUCGCCGCGGCGUGGUUCGCGUCCGUCGACUGGUCAAAGACGGCGCGGGGCGAAUCGCGUCCGCCGUGGACGCCGCCUGGCGAGAGAGUCGACGAGUGCCCGACGAGUGCGUACCCGUCGGAGGUUCAAACGCCGGCGAAGAUGAGCGGGGCGUUGGUGCCGUGCCAGCCGCGGGGGCUUACGCGGGACGAGCUGGCGCUGUUCGACGACUUUUUCUAA